GUAUAGCAUCAAACAUGGAGGAAUUGUUAUGGAUGUUCCUGGGCACUCCAGGACCUGCUAUUGAAAAACCCAAGCCUCUCAAAGAGGCUUGGAGGAUAAUUAAUUGGGGUGAUAGAGAAAAGGAACUCGGGUGGCUGAAUUUGUUCGCUCUGAAAAAGGACACCAAAAAGCAUCUUCGGAUUCUACUCUACGGCCCGGCUGGAAGUGGGAAAUCCAGUUUCAUUAAUUCUGUUGACAGUGUUUGUCAGAACAGGAUAACCUGUUCUGCGCCGGCCUUCUUCAAUGGCAUCUCCUUCACUGUCACGUACAAAACAUAUCAAAUUGAAAAAGAGGUGGAAGGCCAAUAUCACCCGUUCGUCUUCAACGACGUCAUGGGCUUGGAAAGCAAAGGAGGAGUCUGUGAGGAGGACAUCAAACACGCCAUGCAAGGACACCUGAAAGAGGGUUACAAGUUCAAUGCUGCAUCUGCAUUCUGUCCGUCCGAUGAACGCCUCAACAAGAAACCUGAUAUAAAUGACAAGGCAGACAUACUGGUCUGUGUUGUUAGGGCGGACACUGGUACUUUGCUGAAAAAUGAUACCCUGGCCAAGAUGAAACUCAUCACAGUAGCUGCCAGAGACUAUGGGAUUCCACAGAUGGCCAUUCUGACAGCAAUUGAUGAAGCCUGUCCACUCGUUAAAGAAAGCAUUCAAAAUGUCUACAAAAGCGAGCACAUUAAGAGGAUGAUGAAGCACCUCCAAAGUCAGCUGGGAAUUCCGUUAACCAACAUCUUUCCUGUGAAGAACUACCAUGAAGAAAUUGCCUUGAAUGCUGACAUUGAUAUGCUGAUACUAAGCGCAUUGAGACAAAUUAUUCAAAUUGCAAAAGACCAAGUAAAAAGGGCACAAAAAGAAGGAGUGGUCGAUUAAUGGAUUUCUAAUUAUCAUUCAAAUAUAUGGAUUAGGACGACUUUUAAAAUCUUUAGGAAGAAAUGCAUACAUUCACUUUUUCUUAAUCAAGUGUAGUGAUUUUAAUCGGAUAUUCACGGUGGCGCCACCACUUCCACCUUCACUGAGGUACCGUAGUUCCUAGUAAAGCCCCUUCCUCUUCAGAAAAAGUAAAAAUAUCAACAUGGCAGCGUGCGCUGAAAAAAGUGAGUGUGUAGUGUUUGCCUAAAGUCAUUGGCAACUAGUGUGGGAGAUGGUUUUUUUUUAUUCUGCUUUUAUUAAUCAGUUAUUCUUCAAAUAAAAUCAAAACUUAAAAAAUAUAUAUAUUUGUCAUUUAUAGAAUAAUAAAUUGGGUAACACUUUUUAAUAAGGUGCCAUAAUAAAUAGAAAACUAGUCAUUACCUAACCCUUUGUUAAUAUUUGUUAAUUGUUACUAAAAUAUCUAUAUGGCACAAGAUAAUAGUUUUUUUUCACUGAACACAGAGUGUCACUGGUUAGGGUUAGGGAUGUGUGUUAGUGUUAGGGCCAUGUGUUAUGGUUAGGGUUAGGGCCGUGUGUUAGGA